GUUUGAAAUUUAUGCCACUGAUUUUAUUUGUGAGAGAACAGUUGAAAUUAAGUUUUGUUUAUUUUUACAAAUAUAAUAUACAAAAUUUAUUGUUGAUUGUUGCUGGGUCAGUCCUUUAGAAGGGGGAUAUGGAUAAAUUUGAAAAUGUGAGAAAACCCCUAGAAAAGUCGCGUAUUGGUUCGGACUCAAUAAAAGGGGGCGGAAAUUGCAAUUGUAAAAAAAAGUUGGAUCCACAUCAGUUGUUUGACGAUAAUGUCGAGGACAUAUCCAGGAGUUUGGCCCAAAUAAUGUUAAUUUGUGGCAUUAAUACAACGAAAUCAUAUCAGGCCAGAUCCAUUAUAAAGCGCGCCUUUGUCUAUCAUGAAAAACUUCGUACUGAAAGUCCUCCAGCUAUAAAACGUGGUGCCCAUCUGAAUCGGGAUGACAUGUUGCAGGCUCUGCGCUUAAAAUGCUCUAUGGAACGGGUGGAGGCCAUGCUAUCCUAUGCGAUCAUCAAGCGGGCAUUUAAAGCGUUCUUCCAUGGCAAACCUCCAAUGACAAUAAGCAAUCCGAUAAGCGAUGCCAUGGCUGUGCAUCGUCAGGAGUCUGCCUGGAUGCAUGCUGCCUAUAAGACAGCCCGAAUCUUUGACAAUUACAAGGCAGCCUUUUUCUGGGCCCACAAGUGUUAUGAGAAGCAAAUCACAUUGGUCUAUGGAGCUCUGUAUAAACGUAUGUCAGCUCGUGCUAAUCCUCUAAUGAUUCCAGGAUGUCCUUGUAGCGGCUGCACAAUGCAAGACGUGCCCGGUGGUUCUGCCAAGAUCGAGGAGCAAGCUCGCAGCACAUACAAAUUGGCUGAUGCCGAUGCAAUGGAUCUGCCCGAAGCCUGUAUACUAUGUGGCCUGCAAGUGCCCAAGAUGAAGGAUAAGGGCAAUAAUAAUGUACAUAUGAAACCGCCACGUCCCAUUCUGAAUCAUGAACUAAAGUUGCCUCGCUGUGACAAAUGCAAUUCACCCUUUCUCAUCUGUGAAUGCAAUAUUGAUCAGUUGACAGGCGAGCAAUAUGGUGAAUGUGGUCAGGAUUCGUAUAAGGUAAAGUGGUAUCGUCUCGAACAGGACACUCGUCUCAAGUCGUCCAAGAGUCCGACAAAGCAUAUGGACCAAGAUACUGAAAUGGAUAGCACUAGUUUAUACGAGGAGAUGGAAGAGCCAGCCACUGACUGGGAGAAUCAUCAUUGUCCCAUCGAUUGCAAGCAUGAUAGUUGCAGUGAAUCCUCGAAUGUUUGUCGUACAGAUGAUGAUGAUGAUGUUGAUGAUGAUGAUGAUGAGGAUGGCUCAUCUUUCACUAGUUGCACUGGUGCAGCUGCCGAUGAGGAUGUGGUGGCCAAGCUGGAGAAUUAUCUGAAUAAAUUGUGGGCCGAUGAAGUGGCUGAAAAGAAGCAAGAUCUGUUAGCAAAGAGCAUGCAACAGCCACGAGAGUCCUGCAAACCGUGUCAGGAGUGAUAGUGACUCGAGUCUCUAGUUUCGUCUUUGUUCUUACAAUUUUUUUCGGAAAUACAUUUUGGAUACAAACAUA